GCCUGUUCUGGAUCCAGAUCUGUAGACCAGGCUGGCCUCGAACUCACAGAGAUCCACUUGCCUCUACCUCCCAAGUGCUGGGAUUAAAGGCGUGCGCCACCACCGCCCGGCCUGUCUGCUUUUAUCUCCUGUUUCUGACCCGGACAGGUUUGGGUCAUCUGGUUCAUCUCUCCCUCACAUGACACAUCAUCCCCAAAGCCAGCUAGCAGCCAUGGCCAAAGCACCGUUAGCCCUCCUUGGGGAGCAGCUGUCAGGCUGAUCACCCCCUGGUCUCAGUUCAAAGGAACCCAAGUCCUGGAGAAGCCUGGACAUCUGUGUGGGAAUCUCUCUUCCUCUCACUGAACCCAAGGCCUCCCUUUUGUAAUGUGAGCAGACUGGGCUGGAAAGACAGCUCAGUGCUAGUGUUUGCCUAACAAAGGGCCAGGGUUUGAUCCCAGCUCUGCAAGCAAAUGAAAAAAGUGAUCCUAUCUACCCUGCUCUUGUGAGGCCCAUCAAGUGCAGAUCUGAGACCUUGCAUUCAGGAAAAUGCUCCUGUCCAAGGUGCUUGAAGCCUUCCUGCAUAAGAAGGCAGGACCUCACCUUUGGCACAGCUCCCAGCCCUGGCUUAGUUGCUUGGCAACUGCUCUGUGUCUGUGAGUGAAGAUACACCAUGGCAGCCAAGAGAGUACUGGUGUAUCGAAAUGGGGACCCUUUCUUCCCAGGCCGCCAGCUGGUGGUGACCCAACGCCGCUACCCCACCAUGGAGGCUUUCCUUUAUGAGGUGACAUCAGUGGUGCAGGCCCCACUGGCUGUACGUGCCCUCUACACACUGUGUGACGGCCACCGAGUCACUGACCUGGCUGACUUACAGAAUGGAGGGCAAUACGUGGCUGCUGGCUUUGAACGAUUCCACAAGCUCCACUACUUGCCUCCUGGAAGGAAACCCCCAGGUGGGAAGAGCAGCCAUCAACAUGAGCCUUUCAUGUCUCACCGGCCAUGUGAUGGGGCCUUUGGACAGUGGCUGCCAGCAGACGCCCCCUGCUAUAUCCAUGUGUUCAGGAAUGGGGACCUACUAAGUCCCCCCUUUGGUCUGAAGCUGCCCCAGACUGUCAUCCAGGACUGGGAAAUGGUACUGAAGCUGCUGACCGAGAAGGUCAAGUUACAGAGUGGGGCUGUACACAAACUCUGCACCCUCAAGGGGCUCCCGCUGUCAGCAGGGGCUGCUCUGGUGAGCGGCCAUCACUAUGUGGCAGUUGGAGAAGAGGAGUUCAAAGCCCUCCCCUAUGUGGAGCUGUUGGUGCCCGGCCCCGCUCUGGCCAGGGGCUGCUGGUAUCCUCCAGGCCGGAAGUCUGAGUGCCACAGGCAGAGGGCCCACGGCCACAAGGCCCAGGCAGCCCAGUCUUCUGCAAAGGAACCUGGACAAACUGAGCCAUCCACUUUCUAUGUCAGAGCCCGGCAGUCUGUCCAGCCACCAAGCAAGCCUUUUCCUCUUUCACAUCCAUCAGGAGUUAAGGGAGUUUAUGAGGCUUCCCACCCAAGGAAGGAAACAGCCGGGGCUCAGGAAGUGGCUGAUGAUGAGAACACCUACACAGAAGAGCCUGUGGAUCAGAGGGCAGCAGAGACACUGGAAGAGGCCUUGUCCCCCAACAUCCGCCGGGGCCUGUAGCUAUCCUCAUGCUCAGCCCAAGCUGGUCCAUCUUCAGUGCCAGGAACUCCAGACAGAAACUGAGGACAGCCACUCCCAGCUCCCCCCGCCCCAGCUUUCAGCAGCCUG